AUGGCGUCCAAUCAAGCUCCAGGCUCAUCAGCACCGUCCUCAAACAUCAAUUCUCCCAUCAUCCCCCCAAACGGCGGGCCUCUACUCAAUGGCGCAUUCUCCGACUUGCACCCACGAUCUUCUCCUGCGCCAGGCAGUAACGCAUCUGUCCAAGGAGAUACUGCGCGUACCAAGCGAAAUAAAAGAGACAGUCGCAAAAAGCGAGAAGCGAAAGGUCUAGAUACUGAAAGUGCACCUCCGCCCAAAAAACGUGCAACGGCAGUGAAUACAGCUCGUCCAAGCGGAGAUCUCAGCAUUCUCCGCCCAUUACUUCUUGCGGAACCUCGUACCUCCGAUCUAUACCCGCCUCCAACGCGCCAGUUCACUCAAGUGGCUAGAAAGACAUCUGAGGUCCUUGGCCAGAACUGGGAAUUUUAUGAGGUGACCGACAAACUCACCAACAAGAAUGGAUUCCGUUAUAGUUAUGCCAUUGCCGACUCGGGAUUUCCCCAUAUAAAAUACCGCCAAACCGACGUUCGGCCUUAUCAUGCCCGUUUCAGCUUCGAGGAUUCUCCGGCUGCAAUUUCCUUCUCAGAGGACGCUAGGGCGGUGACUACAAGCGAUGCGUGGCAUACAGCGCGUGCAAAUGUAUGUGCUCGUGAGGGCUCUUAUUAUUACGAAGCACGCGUUAUCAGUGGCGUUCUCCAGGGUACGCCUCCAGGUACUGGAUCUCGUGGUCAUGUUAGACUUGGAUUUGCGCGACGGGAAGCCGAUCUUGACGCUAAUGUUGGGGUGGAUUGUUAUGGAUACGGCAUUCGGGAUGUGAAUGGCGAAGUUGUUAAUCGCAUGCGCUGCGAAUUCUUCUUUCCUAAGGGUGAAGCUAUCAACGAAGGCGAUGUCAUUGGCAUGCUCAUCAACCUUCCUCCGCUAUCUCUCCACAAAAAGAUCGUCGAAGGAACAUACGACCCUACAGUAGAUGGUGAUGGGUCAGACCCCACGUUACGAACCCCUACUGCUACCAACAUCAUUCGAGAUCGCAUACCUUUCCAUUAUAAAUCCGACUUCUGCUGGCAACAGUCCAAUGUCUUCUCUACCAAACACCUUCGCGACUAUGCCUUCAAUUUGAAGGAAACCCCGACCUUUGGGCCCCCUUCUCCCUAUAACAGCGAAGAUGCCUCGCUCCGCACAUUACCCGGUUCUAGUAUCACGAUUUUCAAAAAUGGUGUGAAAAUGGGUUCACCCUUCAAAGAUCUAUAUGCUUUUCUCCCUCCAGCAAGCCGACUGGCCAACGGCACAAACAAUCUUGGAAUCGGCGAGCGUGAGAAUGCCGAUGAUGGCAUGAUUGGCUACUAUCCAGCUGUCCCCCCCGAACAAACAGAAACUGGGGAACCCAUCAAAGCUAUUGGCGACCGAUUCAACGAUCAAAUCGUCGAAGAUUUAGUAGCCGAUAUCGUGGACGAGGUUGAAGCCAUGUUCACAUGGAGUGGCGUCGACGGCGACGUAAUCGGCAAUAACAACACCGAAGAGUUAGACACUGCAUCUGGUGCUGUUGGAGGCUCGGAAGUCCUGAAAGGUGGCGUUGGCGCUGCGCUAGAUGGAGCUAGUUCUGCUCCCACCCCUGGAUCUGUCCCUGGUGCUGCCGGCGCAUCUGAUUCAGCUGCAAACAGUAACCAACCUACCCCGGCUGCUAAUGGGGAUGUGCCGGUAGGAAACUCUGCUGGCGAAGAUACUUUGAGCGUCGGAACGGCUGGCACGCCUAGGAUAACUUUGGAUGCCCCAGCGCCUGAGCAAGAUGAGGAUGUCGAGAUGACGUGA